AUGUCGUUCUCACAGAAAUAUCACCAACUCCCCACAUUCGAUAAGGAUGCUGGAGAUCACGAAUCUCUCCAACGUAAAGACCCGCGCAAAAGGAGGUCUCCUUUCCUCGUCAUCGCCAUCAUUAUGUUUUUGGGUGCUUCCAUCCCUUGUAUGAGGAUGGCCAGGUCUAGGGCCUUCUUGUCUGCUUGCAAUGGCCCGCAGCGUAACUCUUCUACACUGGCUAAUCUGCCCUCUCACUAUACCUUGCCAUCGGGAGAUAAGAUCCCCUCAGUUGCGUUGGGUGUAUGGCAGGCUAGCCAGGGGGAAGUCGGAAAUGCUGUAAAGACCGCUUUGUCGACCGGCUAUAGACACAUCGAUGGAGCCUGGAUUUACCGUAACGAAGAAGAAGUCGGUCAAGCUCUUAAAGCGAGUUCUGUACCUCGUGAAGAGCUCUGGCUCACGUCAAAGCUUUGGAACACUUUCCACGCGCCUGAGGACAUUGAGGCUGCGCUAGACCAAUCGCUUACCAAGCUUGGUACCGAUUAUCUUGACUUGUACUUGAUUCACUGGCCUGUCGCAUUCAAGGAGGGAACCACUGUUUUGGACGAGGAUCUUACUGCCGAUCCAUAUCCUACUUGGCAGAAGCUCGAAGAGCUUGUAGACAGGGGUAAAAUAAGGAACAUCGGUAUCAGCAACUUCAAUAUCAGAAGGAUCCAGAAUCUGACCGCGAACAAUCUGAAGUACCAGCCAGCUGUCAAUCAAGUCGAACUCAACUUUUGGAACCCUCAACCCGAACUAUUGCAGUGGUCGAAGGAGAACGGGCUUCUUCUCGAGGCGUACUCUCCCCUGGGCAGCGACAAGCAAGUCGGAAAGUCUCUUUCUGUCCCUGAGGUUAAAGACAUCGCAUGCAAACUUGGGAUCACCCCGGCUCAGGUUAUCAUCUCGUGGAGUGUCCAGCGCGGCACGAUCGUCUUACCGAAGAGCGUGACACCUUCUCGCAUCGCAGAGAACCUUGCAGUAUUUGAACUCCCCCAAGAAGACUUUGAGAGGUUGGAGACAGCGGCAACUUCGCACACUCCGCAGAGGGUGGUCAACCCGAGCGCGGGUUGGAAGUUGCCUUUCGAUGUGUUUGAUGGGCAGUGAAGCAUGUGUGGGCUGUUGCUUGAUCAACGAUUCUUACUACUAUGCUACGUCUAGGCUAGCGUUGCUAGCAAUAGGCCAAUUAGCAAUCUGCUGUCCAUCUAGCACUGCUGAAAUGCGAAAAUAGUGCAAGUUCACCGGCUCGGGUUUCCGAGUCCUCAAUUAUAUCC